AUGUAUAGAUUAGACCCGAAAGGGUUUAGGCUUUGGGCUACUACUACUGCUACUGCUGCUUCUGUUGCUGGCACUACCCUCAGAAGUGCCUCCGAAAAGGAGGCCUAUACAGGGCCUGGAGUAUUAGAGCUACUGAAUAUAGCACAAAGGGAAGAGAGACCUCGAUGGAACUGGCAGAAUGAGACUGAGGCCCAUGACAAAGAGGUGAUGGCCAUGGAGGAAGAGACCCUGGGGAUAGUAGAUCCAGCAAUUGUUCCGAAUGCAUCAUCAGAUCUGCUCGAACCUCUGUUUGCAUGCUGGCCUACUAGCAGAUUCUCUCCUCCAAUCACGGAAGCAAGCCAUGUGCCAUGCAGAUCAACGAACUCGGGUCGGUUGUGUGUGUGUGUCCCGCAGAUGCGUCUUUUCAACGGACAUUCUCCUGCUGGUAGGAAGCAUUCCUGCAAUUGUGCAGUUCGCUAUCUGUUAGGCAGGGUGAACAACCAGAUAACAUCAACCGCAAGUGCCACAUGUAUGCGUGCUGCUGCUGCCGACUGCAACAACUAUGGCAACCGAUGGGCUAUCCGCGAAGAGUGCAAUGACAGUGGUACCUCUUCUGAGGAAGCUCGCAAAGCUGCCAGUGACACGACGUUGGCUUCUGUGGCCGCCAAUCUGGAACCAAUUGGUCGGAUCCAGAUGCGUACGCGGCGAACAUUGCGAGGACAUUUGGCCAAAAUUUAUGCAAUGCAUUGGGCCUCUGAUUCUCGAAAUCUUGUUUCCGCUUCACAAGAUGGCAAAUUAAUAGUUUGGGAUUCUUAUACUACAAACAAGGUUCAUGCAAUCCCGUUACGAUCGUCAUGGGUGAUGACAUGUGCGUAUGCGCCAUCUGGUUCUUAUGUUGCUUGUGGUGGUCUUGAUAAUAUUUGUAGCAUUUACUCACUAAAAACACGCGAGGGUAACGUACGUGUUUCGCGUGAAUUGCCAGGUCAUACGGGUUAUCUUUCAUGCUGUAGGUUCCUCGACGACAAUCAGAUUGUUACCUCUAGUGGAGAUAUGACAUGUGCUCUGUGGGAUAUCGAAACUGGACAACAAGUGACCGCUUUCACAGGACAUACAGGCGAUGUGAUGUCACUGUCUCUAUCCCCUGAUAUGCGUACCUUCAUAUCAGGUGCGUGCGAUGCAUCCGCUAAACUUUGGGAUAUCCGUGAUGGAAUGUGCAAGCAGACGUUCCCUGGACACGAAAGUGAUAUCAAUGCUGUUGCCUACUUCCCUUCUGGACAUGCUUUUGCUACUGGCUCAGAUGAUGCAACCUGCCGACUGUUUGAUAUAAGAGCUGAUCAAGAAUUAGCCAUGUAUUCUCACGACAAUAUUAUAUGUGGAAUUACCAGUGUAGCAUUUUCAAAAUCCGGCCGAUUAUUAUUCGCAGGUUAUGAUGAUUUUAAUUGCAAUGUAUGGGAUUCAAUGCGACAGGAAAGAGCUGGUGUAUUAGCCGGUCACGAUAAUCGCGUGUCCUGUUUAGGAGUUACAGAAGACGGAAUGGCUGUGUGCACCGGUUCAUGGGAUAGUUUCUUAAAAAUAUGGAACUAG